AUGAAUAGUUUAUGCACAAAAAAAAAUAAAAAUAGUUCUGAUAUUACAAUAAAAAAUAAAAUUAAGAGGUCUACAGAGAAUAUAAAAAAAAAAAAAAGUUCCAAUAAAUCCUUAAAAAAUAAAAACAUAUUAGAGGGAGGUAAAAUAAAGAACAAUAAGGAAAAAUCAAAAGUUAUAAAAUCAAAAGAAUCUAAAGGCACAGAAAAAAAUUUUAAUAAAAUCUCAAAAAAUAAAGAUAUUAUGUUAAAAGAAAUGAAAAGUGAAAAAUUUAAAUUUUCAAGAAGGGGAUUCAUUUUAAGCUUUACUGGUAAUUUAGAAGAUUUUUAUAAUUUAUCAGAAGAACCUUUAGGUAAAGGUACAUAUGGAUGUGUUUAUAAAGCUACAGAUAAGUUAUUAAAGAUAUCAAGAGCUGUUAAAGUAGUGUCAAAAAAAAAACUAAAAAAUAUACCAAGAUUUAGACAAGAAAUAGAUAUAAUGAAAAAUUUGGAUCAUCCUAAUGUGGUAAAAUUGCUUGAAACAUUUGAAGACGAUGAACAAAUUUAUUUAGUAAUGGAAUUAUGUACAGGUGGAGAAUUAUUUGAUAAAAUUGUAAAAAAGGGUUGCUUCAUAGAAAGUUAUGCUUCCUUUAUAAUGAAACAAAUUUAUUCUGUCGUAAAUUACUUACAUAUUAGAAAUAUUUCUCAUAGAGAUUUAAAGCCUGAAAAUUUUUUGUUUUAUGAUAAAAAUCCCGAUUCACUUAUUAAAAUUAUUGAUUUUGGCUUAGCAUCCUAUUUUUCUGACAGUAAUACUGAGAUGAAAACUAAAGCAGGAACUCCUUACUACGUAGCACCUCAAGUAUUGUCUGGAAGUUAUGAUUACAAGUGCGAUUUAUGGUCAGCAGGAGUAUUAUUUUAUAUACUAUUAUGUGGAUAUCCCCCUUUUUAUGGAGAAAGUGAUAAUGAAAUAUUAAGCAGGGUGAAAAAAGGAAAAUAUAAUUUUAAAGGUAAAGAAUGGGCUAAUAUCUCAGAAGAAGCUAAAGACUUAAUUCAACAUUGUCUAACAAUGGAUUCAGAAAAAAGAAUAAGUGCAAGUGAAGCUUUAAAACAUCCAUGGUUUAAAAAGAAAAAAUCUGCUUAUAAUUUAGAAGCAAAAAUAGAUAUACAUGUAUUGGAGAAUUUUAAAAAUUAUGCAUUAUUAUUAAAAUUUCAAAAAUUAGCAAUGACAAUCAUAGCACAGCAAAGCAACGAUUAUGAUUUGCAACAAUUGAAAGCAGCAUUUUUAGUUUUAGAUGAAGAAGGAAAAGGUAAUAUAACAAAAGAACAAUUAAAAAAAGGUCUUGAAAAUAGUGGUUUAAAAUUGCCUUCCAAUUUUGAUACUUUACUUGAUGAAAUAGACAGUGAUGGUAGUGGAAAAAUAGAUUACACAGAAUUUCUGGCUGCUGCAUUAGAUAGAAAACAGUUAUCAAAAAAAUUAAUAUAUUGUGCUUUCCGUGUAUUUGAUGUGGAUAAUGAUGGAAAAAUUACUACUGCAGAAUUGGCUCAUAUACUUUAUAAUGGAAACAAAAAAGGGAAUAUAACUCAAAAAGACGUCAAUCGAGUAAAAAAAAUGAUCAGAGAAGUAGAUAAAAACAAUGAUGGAAAAAUUGACUUUCAUGAAUUUUCGGAAAUGAUGAAAUUAAAAUUGUAG